CAUCAAUUCUAACAGAAUUUUCAAGACUAAAUGAUAUGCAUGAGUUUCUCUGAAUCCAUUUUUUAAACUGUGUUCAUUGCCACACCUCCUGAGUGUAAUUAGCAUCUUUUUUUUGUAGGUGGCACAUCGUUGGCAAAAGCGAAUGUUCAUCCCAUUGUGGUCAAGGAUAUAAGUCAUUGGAUGUCCAAUGCAUGAAGUAUUCCAUUCACAAAGGACAGACUGUUCCAGUAGAUGACCACUACUGCAGUGACCAGCUUAAACCUCCAACCCGAGAACCCUGCCAUGGUGACUGUGUCCUAACCAGGUGGCAUUAUUCAGAAUGGUCCCAGUGUUCCAGGAGUUGUGGAGGAGGGGAGAGGUCUCGAGAAUCUUACUGUAUAAAUAACUUUGGCCAUCGUCUUGUGGACAGAGAAUGCCAGGAACUUCCCCGAGUGACAAUGGAGAAUUGCAAUGAAUUUUCCUGUCCCAGUUGGGCCACUAUGUCUUGUUACAUGUGGAAAAGGGACAAAGCAGCGACAGGUGUGGUGUCAGCUGAAUGAAGAUCACUUGAGUGAUGGCUUCUGUGAUCCAAGUACCAAACCUGAAUCUCUGAGACCAUGUGAGCUUCACACAUGUACUUCCUGGCAAGUAGGACCGUGG